GUCGUAAUUAACGAGCGGACACACCAGGGGCUCUCUCCGAGUCUGGGAGACAUCGAAACUCCACUCCCCCCCUUCUUGUCGGAGGAGCAGCAGAGGGUGCCCCCUCUUAACUCCCUUCUUCCCGUUCUCCACUUUUACACCUGAAAGUUUGUUCCUUUACUGCAAACUCAAUAUCACCCUCAUGACUCUUGUCCGUUCUUAAACCUACAGUUACUUUCUUCUUGGUUUUUUGCCGCUUUGCUUUGUGGGUUUUUCCUGGGUAGUGUCUGGCAUUAGCUUUGGCGGCGGUAUGGUGGUUUAGUUUUUGUGGUGUUUGUUAGCUUCGCAAAAAGUUUAGACUACAUAGUCGUACGUGAAUGGCCAGGAUGGAAAAAGACAUAAAUGGGAGAGACAGGGAUCCCAUUGGAGAUAAUGGUUUCUUAAAGGAACCAGAGCCUUUAACUGGCACAGGUAUCUCUAAAGUUGUUGCUCCGGUGCAAAAGGCAUUUGAAGGGAAGGAUGCUCUCUCUUAUGCAAAUAUUCUUAGAUCAAGGAACAAGUUUGUUGAUGCUCUUGCUCUAUAUGAGACUGUCCUGGAGAAAGAAAGCGGAAAUGUAGAAGCUCACAUAGGAAAAGGGAUAUGCCUGCAGAUGCAGAAUAUGGGAAGGCUUGCUUUUGAAAGUUUUGCUGAAGCCAUUAAGCUAGAUCCACAGAAUGCUUGUGCUCUUACUCACUGCGGUAUAUUGUACAAAGAUGAAGGUCGCUUGGUAGAAGCUGCUGAGGUAUUAAUAUAUAAUUAAACAUUUUAAUUAUUCAUAUUAUGAACUAAGGUUUAAAAUGUUUAAUUUAUAGGCAUGGAUUAUGUGUUUUAAGCCAUACAAUGAACUUCAUUCCUUGAA